CUGGAAGGUGAAAAGGAGAAGUGACAUAAGCGUCCUCGGGGUUGGUCAUGUCUUUCCUCGUCCAAGACUGCACCUUGCGUGUCUGUGUGCCAUCGAUGUGUUGCUCUGCCUGUGGGUGUGCAUGUUCGUGGGGAAGGGUUGUGUGAGCCAGAGGAUGCUUGAGAACACAGUCGAGAAGAUCGUCGGGUGAAGUCAUGCAAGGAUCAUUCACAUAUGUAUAUAUGACAAAGGAGAUGAAGACACAGCGGGCGAGGUAUGCUUGAGAUGCAACGGCAGCGGCGCGUUGAGGUGUGGGGAGAGCGGGGGGGUGUAGGAGAAGGGAGUCGUCCACAAGCUGUUCAUGAUUGUUUUUUCCUCUUAUGGGAGGAUGAGGGGAAGUUGAGGAUCCAUUUACAAAGUGCUCUUUCAGGAUCCUUGUUGUGCAAAAAUGGGAUUGUGGUUGAUUGGCAUUCGAUGGGGUGGGAGGAAAGGUGAACCUGAGAGCAGGAGAGGAGGAAAGGUGAACCUGUGGCAGUUGUGAGAUAGAAAGGUGGUUGGCAUUUGAUUGCCAGCAGAGAGGUGGUGCUUUGGACAGUGCCACACUCUUUUUCUCUGCAUCGCUCUGCCUCUCCCUCUACGGUGGUGCGCUUCUACUCUCGUUGUCUCUCAUUCUCUCUGUGUUUCUUUUCGAUGGCUUCUUCGGCCCCUUGCCGUCUCUGUCUUUCUGUGUCAAUAAAAAACAGUCGAGGAGAGCGGAGGGUUGUGUGCGGUUGUAUUUGGAAUCUUGGAGGGGAAGUGCUUUGAUUUUGGAGAAAUGAAGCUUAAAGAACACGGGGUGUCCUUUCAGGUCUGUGGGUCUUGGUCCUGCCUGGCUCCUCCGCAUACACAUACACACACACACACACAACACAGACACACACAACACACACACACACACGCACGCACACACACGCACACACACACAGCCACACAGACACACACACACACACACACAGGGAGAGAGAGAGAGAGAGAGAGAGAGAGAGAGAGAGAGAGAGAGAGGUGGUGACGUUUAUAGUUCUAUUGGGGAAGGCGGCUUCGCAUGGGGUUGGGUCUGGUAGGGGUGGAGCUAUUGGGGAGAGGGGACAUUAGUGUGUAUGGCUUUGGUUCUAGCAUCUGGCAAUGGAGGGUACGCAAGCAUUGAGUUUGGCACGAGUUCCCCGCCCGGAGCGUUCGAUGCAAGUGGUGGAGGAGGGAGGGCAGGUUGCUAGGGGACGUCUGUGGCAGGGUGAAUCUGGCUCCUCAGGCUGUGCUGCAAGUGAUCGGUUUCAUGGAAACGAUGGAGGAGGGUGUUCUAUUGUCUCAGACGCGUUAACAGCUCUAGAGAGUACUGGGUUGCCAGAAGGUAACACCAGCCGAAGGUGGGUGGACAGUAGUGGGGAAGAACGUUGUGUGGUAGGGUCUGGUCUGCAUCUUGGUCGGUGCAAUUUGCCCUCUGUCGAGAUUGGAAAUGGGGAAUGUAGUGAAGUUGCAACUGUGGUUGCCGCAGCUGGCAUUCAGGGAAGGAGACGGGAUAGACAGAGAGGGCGGGAACCGUAUUCCCUUCUGUCUCAAGUUCAUGGUCCCGUUCCUAGUCAUCCUCAAAGCACUCUUAAUCUGAUGCGAAUGCACUCGGAAGUAGACCUGCAGUCCGACUCUGUGAGAGGAAUGCAAAGACGUGCAGUGGACAGAGUGGAGGAUGAAGAGAGAGGGGGAGGAAGAGAGGAGCAGGCCUCAUCUAACGACUCGGGCCUCGUUCUGCUGGGCCUGGCCAGCGGCAGCCGACAGAGGGGGGCUGCCGAGUCCACGACUGCAAAUGAAAGGUCAAGAACCCGCCAUCAGCCAGCGGGAGAAGGGGGAGGGGGAGAACCACAAGGAGGGUUCUUCGGUUCCAGAGCUGGAAGAAGAAGUCAUGGACUGAGUGAUGGGCGUGCUCAUAUGAAGACCCGAUUUGGUGCAGCCGCAGCAAGAGCCUCCUCAUGCUCCUCUCAUGAUAACAGUGAUGACACUUCUCAUCAUCCUUGGGUUUCUAGGGGCAGCAAUGAAGAUGGAAAAGCGACUGUGAGUGGUCAGGAUCGGGAUUACCUGCAGGUGAGAAGCGCCCGCCCAACAUUGAUGGCGAGUAUGCUGGCAGAGCAGGCUCGUGAUGCAACAUCACUGGUGUCUAACAGCCUGCCUAUCACUCUGCGACCAGAUACUUCUAGAGGGUUGAAUGCAAUAAACAAUGACGAUGGCUCAUUGUCACCUCCUGUGCAAAUCACGGGUAAUGAGAGAGAGACAUCCGCUGGUGGUGGCCUGGAGGAGGGUGGUGGGGAUUUGAACACCAACCAUGGGUCUCAGGGCCAUGCUGAAGCGGUCCCCUCUCAUUGCCCUGAUCAUAGCAUCUCAGAGGACGGCUGUGGCGGCAAGGAAGGGGAGGGCAAGGACAAAGAUGAUGACCAAGAUGACGAUGACUUUCACAUGGAGAAUCGACUUUGCACAAGGAGGAUGAGAAGAUGGAGAAAGCGCCGGCGAGGUGAAGAGGAGGGAUCCAGUGAAAAUGGAAAUCUCUCCGAAUCUUUGGAAUGCCGUAUCCAGCAUCGGACAAAGAGAGGGGAGACAAGUGGCAGGACAUGCAGGAGUGUCAGGAAGGAUCCUGAAACUUCAUCUUCGUUUGAGAGCGAAACGAGGAAUGGUGCGUCAUCAUCUAGUCAGCAUGCUGAGCGGGGUGUUUGUCACGCUAUUAGGAUGACAUUGCGGUCAGCCAGUCGGGCUUCACCUGCCAUACUGGGUCGCACCCGUCUUGACUUAAACCGUUUCCCUGAGGCCCAUGGCAGUGAGAAUAAUCAGACUGGGAUCACAGCGAGGGCAAAUGUUUCAGAGGCUGCGUCGCCCGUGCAGGGGGCCAGGGAGGAAGGGGCAACUGAUGCCUGUCCUAUACGCGAUGGAGGUGUGCAGGAGGGGAUACAGGAUGGUUCGGAGAGAUGGGGUGGUUCUCAAAGUCUUGUCCGGAACAGUGCCGGGGAUGUUAUUCCAACUACAUCUCCAGUUUUGGUAGAUGAGGACACUUCGGAAAGUGAGAAUCGUCCCCGGGGGGUAAUCGAUAUCGAUGACGGAGCGAAUGGUGUGGAGGCUGAUGAAGACACCCGAUCAGGCUCUGGGCAGUUUGGUCGUAGGUACCAUCCGUUGUCCUUCAAUGGAGACAUACUGAAUGGAGUGAAGAGGCCGCGGACAACAAGGCACACCCUUUGCCGUGGACCUUUCGGCUCUGGAGGUGAAUCAUCAAGCCGUCAAGCAAGGGUGGAGGACCAGUCUGACAAUGCUGAGGGUCAACAGCCAUUGAUAGGCCCCUGGGCAAGAGUGGAUAGGGUGGAUUUGUCAUCUGCUGCACGAGUGAGCCCAUCACAUUCUAUUGCAUUGGAGGAUGGCAUCCUCGACAGUGAGGUCGGAGGUGAGGGUGCAAGCAGGACUGGCUUUCGAUUUGAUAGCAAUCCUCCUCCGUCGGAUGUGGUGGCAGCAGGCGGGAGGGUAUCUGGACAGACCGAUUUCAGAGACUUCUUUGGGAGCAGGGGUAGGGGGUCUGCUGAAGUCGCUUCUAGGGAUGAUGAGGGCGAGCCUAGCACCAGGCUGCGCAGUAGCCGAACCAGGGCAAGACUGCAGGCCCGGUCUGUUGAAGAGUUGAGGGAUGACGAUGCUGAAACUGGCAUUGGUCUCAGGCGCUACAGGGAUGGUGACUCCAGUGAGCAUAUCACCAGGCUUCGGAGCACCCGAGCCAGUGCAAGGUUGAGGGCACAGUCAGUUGAGGAGUUCAGGGAUGAUGAAGGUGAAUCUGGGUUGAGACUCAGGCGACUCAGGGAUGGGUGGAGGUUCAGGGAUCAAACGAUGGUUGACCAAUCCCAAAGACUGAGGACACAGACAGUUGAAGAUUUGAGGGAUGAAGAAGAAGAAACUGGCUUCCAUCUCAGGCGUUUCAGGGAAACCUGGAGACUCAGAGAUCAAUUCACGAAUGAUCACUCCCAGGACAGCCAGCGGAGCACAGACACAGGACCAGUAACUCGCGGCCAAGCGAGAAGUCGUCACCGGUGGGAGGAUUUGGAAGAGGUGGUGGGGAGUGUGGGGAGAGAAGUGCGGAGGAGGAGAGUGGAAAGUGGAAGGUUGGUCCAAAGCAAUGUGGGCGAAGCUUCCGCUUCUAGGGAGGCACAGUUAGAAGCUGAUGAGAGACUUGCACGGGAACUUCAAGAAGCAGAAGAAGCGGCUGCUUCUGACAACAGUUAUGCGAUGGAUGAAGCUCUGGCCAGGAGUCUUCAGGAAGAAGAGCAAAGGAUGGCCGCAUCUGGAAGGCGGUCUGAGUUGGGACGAAGAGGAGAUUAUCUGGGUGGAUGGAUGGAAAUUGACCGAUUGACAGCUGCAAUUGAGGGGCAGAACGAACAUGAAGGGAGGGAAGGUGACGGGGGAUAUGGAGGAGGCUUCCUUGGACUGCCUGGUUCUGGUAUUGUUCGGAUACAUUCGGGAUUGCAAAGUGUUUUGGGCCGGAGCAGAAGGCUGGGCCAGCGGGUGCUAAGUCGAGCAUACGGUGGAGGUGGACUUGAUGGAGAGGGGGUUAUGACAAGGCGGAUGAGUUUUGCUCCCGGAAUGCCGAUGGAGCAGAGAUUAGAGUUCCUUCAGCGAAUGGAGAUGGGAACGAGGGACGGGGUUCCUUUGGCGCUACAUCUUGCCUCUGUGGAUCGCGAUUUCACAGCGUGAGUUCCUCUCUCUCUCUAUGUCAUUCUUUCUUGCUCACUUCUCCCUCUGUCUCUCUCCCUUUCUCCUCUUUCCCUCCUUGUUUGUAAGCUGGUAAUUGAAUGGUGAUAAUUGUAGUUCUCGGACUUCU